AUGCGGAUGCCGUCUACUGUGGUCAAGGUGGGACCGAUAGUUUCCUCGCGCGGUUUCGUGAAAGUCAAGUUUGAAACGGAAAUCGACUGCCGGGUUGACAAGUAUAUCGAAGAACACAGCAAAAGGGAAAGCACAUUUCAUGCAUGGAUGCAGGAAGGCGCCCAAAUGCUGGCUCCACCAUCGUUCAUACUUUUGGAAUGGCCUUGGUUCUUUGAAUAG